UGUCGGUGCAGCAGUUGCGCUGACGUCAUUGCACCGCGUCGUCCUCCUCCUCUGCGGUUUCCGGCGCUCGCCCGCGCGGAGUGGGCGGGCAGGAGCUUUCCGCACCCUCUUCGCCAGGCGCGGACCUUCCCCCCCGCUCGCCGUCCCCGCGGAGGGGGUGAGGGGCUGUCACCACGACGCCGGCGAUGGCUUCGGGGCGCGCGGAGGCAGUGGCACCACCGCGGCUGGCAGAGCUGGAGGAACAGCUGCGGAGUCUGGCAGAGGAGCUGAGCCGCUGCCAGGCUGAUAAAGAAUUUGUGUGGUGUCUGUGGAAACAUCUCCAGGUGUCAAGUCCAGAUCUUACUCAAGCUGUCAGAUUGAUUGUGGAAAGAGAAAAGCAGAAAGCUGAAGUCAAGGACAGAAGGGUUUUAGAGAUUUUGCAAGCCAAAGACCGCAAAAUAGAAACCCUAGAACAGAGAUUCACAGAACGGCAGCAGGAGAUAAACAACUUAAUACAGAGAAAAAUUGCUGUAGAACAGGAAAAUGCCCAUUUGAAGAAUGAAUUCGGUAACUUGAACCAGAAAUUUAAAGAUAAAAGCCAAGAACUUAAGGACACUGAGGAGCGUGCACAGAAGAAGGAAGAGCAAAACAGACUGGUUAUAAAAAACCUGGAGGAGGAAAAUAAGGGAUUAAAUACAUGCUGUGCUGACCUGCUAAAUGACCUGGAGAAACUGAAGAAGCAGGAGGCGCAAUGGAAAACAGAAAAAUCUGGCUAUGAUGCCAGAAUAAAGAUUUUGGAAACUGGUUUAGCAGAGGCAAGAGAACAAAUGAAAGAGUUGCACAGUAUAUGCAAUAACUUGUCAUCUCAGGUAGCUGUGAAACAGGAAGAACUCUCCCAAAAGGAUUGUGAUGUGAUCAGAGCUAAGAAGGAGUUACAGGAGCUGCAGAAUCUUUACAGACAGAAUGCUGAACAUACAGCACAGCAGGCUGAGCUGAUAAAGCAGCUUCAGGCUCUCAAUACUGAUACACAAAAAGUACUGAAAGACCAAGAAGAUGCUCACACAACUGAAACAACAUCAUAUCAAAAAGAACCACCUGUGAAACGUUCAAGGUCUCUGUCCCCAAAGAGCUCUUUUAGAGAGUCAGAGGAGCUAAGGAAGCUUAAAAUAGCUGAAAAGAAGAUUGAAAACUUAGAGAAGACACUACAGCUAAAGGCUCGAGAAACUGAUGAGCUAAGAGCAGCCCAUGAAAAAUGCAAAGAGAGGCUGCAGAUGUUACAGACCAACUACAGGGCACUAAAAGAGCAAUUAAAGCAGUGGGAAGAGGGUGAUAGCAGGAUUGGAAAUAGUAAAAGCAGAUGCCAGCAAGCAGACUCCUGUCAGCUUUGUCAAGAGGAUUCUGACGCUGCGUGGAAUGAACUGGCUUUUUUCAAAAGGGAACACAAAAAGCUGUUGAUUGAAAAACUGAAUCUUGACGAAGAAUUGGAUCAGAUGAAAGUACACCAAUCUGUGGAGCCACUUUUUAAACUUAGUGAAGAUGACGGGGUCAAGUUCAGUACUCCAAAGAGUAUCAAAGAAGUUUCACGACAGACAUUACUGAAGAUAAGAUACCAACCCCAGCAAACAGAUCUAAGUUUUGAUGCAAGAAUCACAUAUGUACAACAACUAGAAAGAAGAUUCAAAGCUAUUGAAGGGGAAUUAAAGAAACAGAAAGAAGUAAAUAAAAACUUAACGAAGGAGAAAAAUUAUUUGGAAGAAUCUUUAAAAGUGCAAAAAGAAGAUGCAGACACAAGAAAAGGAGAGCUGGAAAUGCUACUUAAGAGGAUCUGUGAAAUAAAAAAAGACAAAGCAGAACUUCAGUUAGUGAUUGAUGAGCAGCAAAAAGAAGCUGCCUCUUUGAAGAGGCAAGUGGCAGAAGCUAAAGGGUUGAGAAAUGAAAGUGAAGAUUUGCUGAGUCAAGUUCAGGAACUGAAGUGUUUGCUGGAUGAAGCCAAAGCAGUGGCAACCUCUGGGCAAUGUAAUUGCAAGAUAACAGGCACCAAGGUUAAAUUAAACACAGCCAGGAAAAAGAGCUCUUUGGGACAUCAUGGAGCUUUUCUCAAACAGUCCAUCAAGGUUAUGAGUAAUGUAUUUGAGAACUUCAGUAAGGACGGCUGGGAGGAUGUGAGUGAAAGCAGUGACUCUGAAGUACUAACUUCUGAAAGUUUAGAAACAAUGAUUAUGAAGACAGUGCAAAACACUGAUCCACUGCCGGAUAGAAGUAAACAACAGGGAAAAAAACACAUACAAGAUAGUCAAAAGCCCUUCAACGUUGUUCAUUUAGAAGGCAAAAAUCAGCAGUAUAAUAAAAAGGGCCAUCCAAAGACAAAAGACCUAGAAAAAUUACAUUCCAAGAGGAGGAAGGUCUGCUGUCUCAUAACAUCUUACCCAUCAAUUCUAAGCAAAGUGAACAGAACAAAAAGGAGAAACACCAUUGUCCAGAAACUGGGCUACUCUGUUAUUCUACUGCAAGAAAGAAUUAAGUCACUGCAGGAGCAGAUAACUGUUUUACACAAUGAAAAGAAAAUAGCAGUGUCUUCUGUGAAGGGUCUUAAAGAAACCAAUGAAAAACUAACAGCUCAGCUACAUUUGGCUGAUCAGAGACUUCAAUCUAGUAAACUGACCAUAGAGGUGUUGACCUCCAACCUGGCCAAGUGGCAACAGGAGAAGGAAGAUUUACAAGGAAAAUUGAAGUUGAGAGAACAUCUGUCUCAAACUGCUGGCAAGAGUGAAGCCACACCAGCUCCUUCAAAGAACAUUGAUUUAGAGAUGAAACAGCUGCAGUGCAAACUAAAGAAUUCAAAUAAUGAAAUCACUAAGCAAUUGACUACUAUCAAGUCACUAAAAAAUGAAGUCCAGGAAAAAGACCAACAGAUUCAGGAACUACAAGCAAAGAUUUCUCGAUUGGAGAGGGACCUUAAUAUGAAAAGACAUUUGAUAGAAGACUUAAGGUCUCGCCUAAAAACAAAUCAAGAAAAUGAGAAAACCUCCAAUGAAACAGUAGAAAGUCUUAAAAGAAAGGUAAAAGCACUGGCUGAAGACAGUUCAAACAAAAAAACUUCCAUUGACUCACUGAAACAAAGACUUAAUGUAGCUACAAAAGAGAAGUCUCAGUAUGAGCAGAUGUAUCACAAAGCUAAAGAUGAGUUGGAGAAAAAGGAUCUCAAGCUUACCAAUCUAGAGAGCAAAAUGAUUGAGACUGAAUGUGCUAUGACUGAACUUGAGACUACUGCAUCCCAACAACUACAUGGCUUGGCUAAACAGAGUGGACAGGCUUUGGAAACUGUACAGAGGAGGCUGCUGCUCACCAGUGACAAAGUAGAAGAGUUCAUGACAUUUGUGAAGGCUCUAACCAGAGAGUUACAGCACAGCGUACAAGAGCUGAGAACAAAAAUCAAACAGGCAAAAAAAAUGGGAGAAGUAACAGCGUGCAAAAAGGGUCUUUCCCAAGAGUCUGUUCAGUUGGCAGCAUCUAUCCUUAAUGUUUCAACAACUGAUCUUCAGGAGAUAUUAGAAGUAGAAGAUGAUGAGGAAACUGCAAAGACAAAAAUGGAAUUUGAAAAAGAUAAAGAAUGGCUGCAGUAUAUACAGAAACUUCUUGAAGCAGAGUUUCCUUUUGCCUCAUAUUUAAUGGAUGCCAUACUGGAAAAAUUAAGUGAGAAGAAGAAACUUGUAGAAGAGUACAGUUUUCUCAUGAAACACACUGUAUAAUAUUGCUAAGACCUAUCUUUGUGAAGUGUGACUAAACUAUGCGUGCUGUUUCUUCAUGUGUUUCCUCUUCACAUAAAGAACUGUCAAUAUGCAUGUUCAAUACAUAAGUAGAAACUGCGAACUAAUUAAUUGUUGAACAAGAGGAGUUAAUUACAUUCCUGUCUAGAAAGGAGUGUGGUGUUUGAUUCCUGAAGACAAAAAUUGCUGCAAAUCAAUGCAAAGUUAAAAAUUAUUUUCCUUUAAAUGCAUUAGCAGUGGACACCAGUGCAGGCUUUGUAGAUAGAGGAUGUUUUUGAUAUGACCAAUAUGCAUCUGUACAAUUCAGAAAGUACAAAAAGCAGCUAGGUGACUCCUGGUUGUACUAGUCAGAACAGUAGAAGUAGGAUUUACAAAGGAACUUGGAAUAUCACUGGGAUUUUGAAUACCUAAUUUCUUUUAGCUUCUUUGUAAAUCCCAGCUUUAUGAUAUAUGCUACAUAAAAUUACAUGCUUUCUUUAUGUUGGAAGAAAUAACAAAAAUGAAUGACUGUAGGAAAAAAGUAUUGAAUAUAGAGUAAUACUUCUGGCAAAAGCUGUAUUUUCUUCUGAAUUAGAAUGUAUUGUGUACAGUGUAUUUAACUAUAUUUUAAAAAUUCAAUAUGAUAAAGUUUUUUCCAGUGCAGGGUGUUUUCACUAGUAGUCCUAGUUCUUUCUCAGCUAACACCAAGCUGUAAGCCCUCACAUUCCUUAGGAAAAUGGUAUAGUGUUUUAGUCAGUUGUUUCCACCAAGAUUUGUCUGGUAGUACUAACAAAUAAUUGCUGCUUCUUCA